AUGUCGGACAUUAAGAAGGUUCACACCGCGAACGCGUGUCCUCCUGCUGGACCCUACACACAAGCCAUUGUUGCAGGCCCCAAUGUCUUCGUGUCAGGUCAAAUUCCCGCCGAUACCAAGGGCAACUUGAUCGAGGGCAGCAUCGCGGACAAGACCAAGAUGUGCUGUGAGAACAUCAAGGGUAUUCUCACCGAAGCGGGUGUUGCCAUGGACAGGAUUGUCAAGGUCAACGUCUUUCUCGACGACAUGGCAAACUUCGCCGAGAUGAACGGCAUGUACGAGCAGUACUUCUCCCACAAGCCUGCGCGCAGCUGUGUUGCUGUCAAGCAGCUGCCCAAGGGUGUGCCGGUCGAGAUUGAGUGCAUUGCGUAUACUGCUCUCAACACAGGCGCUCAUAUGCGCCUCUUACAGGCUACAUCCGACAACGACUUCAGCCUCGUCGAAUACUUUGAUGACAUCCCGCCAUAUGCGAUUCUUUCUCACACCUGGGGUGCGGAUCAUGAAGAAGUCACAUUCAAAGAUAUAUACAAGGGCAAGGGUAAAGGCAAGGCAAAACCUGGAUACGAAAAGCUGCGGUUUUGCGCAGCGCAGGCAGCAAGAGAUGGAUUGAAGUUCUUCUGGGUUGAUACAUGCUGCAUCGACAAGGGUAGCAGCGCCGAACUCUCUGAGGCUAUCAACUCAAUGUAUGCGUGGUAUAAGGGCUCAACAAAAUGCUACGUCUAUCUCUCGGACGUUCCUUGUCGCAUCUUGGAUAUCACACGGCAAGAAAUCCUCGUAGACACUUUCUUGUCGAGCAGAUGGUUUACGCGCGGCUGGACCUUCCAAGAGCUCCUCGCACCGGAAACACUAGUAUUCUUCGCUGCAGAUGGUUCUGAACUAGGGGACAAAGCGAAUUUUCUAGAGGAUAUCGCACGUCAAACGCAUAUUCCUAUCGACGUCUUACAGGACAGCAACGAUGCUGCCAACUAUAAUGUUGAGAAGAGGACAGAUUGGACAAUGCAUAGGAGGACAAAACGCGAAGAGGACGCGGCAUAUUGUCUCCUAGGCUUCUUCGGGGUGCAGAUGCCGCUCAUAUAUGGCGAGGGUAGAGCGAGAGCCUUUGCACGAUUGCAGACCGAGAUCAAGCGCCACAAAUUCCAACAAAACUUGCUAGCAGUUGUGUCGUUCAUGAAAUUCCUCUACGAUGGAGUG